AUGCGGGUCGCCUCUGGAGAGGUCGAGUCCCUCAACGACCGCUAUGUAAAGCUGGAACGGCAGGCGGCUGAGGUGCAGCAAUUCAUGUCUCGCGACUGCGCCGAGCGCGACACGCUGCGGGGUGUCGCGGACUCGCUGGUCGGCGAGCGCACAUCGCUGCAGCGGCGACUCCUGCAGAUCCGCUCAGAGCUUGAGUCAGAGACCAAGGACGCAGAGGCGCUGGAGCAGGAGCUGCAGCAGACACGGGCGGAGCAGUCGACGCGGCUAGGGGCGCUGGACAAGGUGCUGCGGCUGUACCAGUCGGUGCUGGGCCUGGAGCUCGUGCCGGGGGACGACGAGCUGCACCUCGUGUUCACGUUGGUGGACCCGCGGGACCCGGCCCGGCGCUUUGCGUUUGGCGUCAAGGUCCUAGAGGACAACACAUACAUGGUGACGUCAUGCGAGCCGCAGCUCGAGUCGCUGGGCGAGCUCUCCCAGCUGCUGCGCCAGGAGAACCGGUUCGCGGACUUUGUUAAGGCGGCGCGCAGGGGCUUCUCGGGGCUGGUGCAGCGGGAAAUUGAGGAGGAGGAGGAAGCCGAGGAGGCACAGGCGGCGGCACGGCGGCCAGCUUGA